GAGCCUGAGCGCUGGUCGCUGAGCAGCUCGCUCUCCAUGUGACUUCAGUUUCCGUCCGUUCCUUCCGCAAGUGCUAAAAUAAUCUGAUGCCCCACAGAGAGGAGGCAGCCCAGCCCUGCGUUUGGCUGCUCUCGAGGAGGCCGGAGCCCCUGGAGAGGAUGCGCCCCGCGGAGCUGCCUGGGCCUGCGGGAGCCCUGUGGGCCUCCCACACCAGUACUGGGAACUGGCUCCCUCAGCGGAGAAUGCGAGCAGCCCUCUGAUGGCCUUCCUCACCGGCUUCCCGCGGGUCCUCUGUCCACAGUGCUGCACUUGAGAUGGAGUUGCUGCCCCUUUGGCUCUGCCUGAGUUUUCACUUCUUGAUGGUGGAAUGGAGGAACGGAAGUGGAGCAGCCACGGCAGCUUCCCAAGGGCGCUGCAAGUUGGUAGGUGGAGUCGCUGACUGCCGAGGGCAGAACCUCGCUUCAGUGCCCCGCGGCCUCCCUCCCGACUCCCAGACGCUCAUCCUGGAUGACAACCCUCUGGAGGCCCUGUGGAAUCACUCCCUGCAGCCCUACCCUGUCCUGGAAAGCCUCAGCCUGCACAGCUGCCGCCUGGCACUCGUCAGCCGCGGCGCCUUCCGGGAGCACGACCACCUGCGCAGCCUGGCUCUGGCUGACAACCACCUAGCGGAGAACUACAAGGAGACGGCAGCUGCCCUCCGUGACCUGCAGGGUCUGCAGAGGCUGGACUUGUCCGAAAACUCCCUGACAGAAGACAUGGCGGCCCUGAUGCUGCAGAACCUCUCCUCACUGGAGUCUGUGUCCCUGGCGAGGAACAACAUCAUGAGGCUUGAUGACUCCAUCUUUGAGGGCCUGGAGCACCUCCGGGAGCUGGAUCUGCAGAGGAACUACAUCUUCGAGAUUGAGGGUGGUGCUUUUGAUGACUUGACUAAGCUGAGGCACCUCAACCUGGCCUAUAACAACCUUCCCUGCAUCGUGGACUUCGGCCUCACGCAGCUGCGGGUCCUCAACGUCAGCUACAAUGCCCUGGAGUGGUUCCUGGCAUCCGGGGCGGAGGCCGCCUUUGAGCUGGAGCUGCUGGACCUGUCCCACAAUCAGCUGCUGUUCUUCCCGCUCCUGCCCCAGUGCAGCAAGUUGCACACCCUCCUGCUGCGGGACAACAACAUGGGCUUCUACAGGGACCUGUACAACGCCUCGUCACCCAGGGAGAUGGUGGCCCAGUUCCUCCUCGUGGACGGCAACGUGACCAACAUCACCACUGUCAACCUCUGGGAAGAGUUCACCUCCAGCGACCUCUCAGACCUCCACUUCCUGGACAUGAGCCAGAACCAGUUCCAGUACCUGCCAGAUGGCUUCCUGAAGAAAAUGCCUUCUCUGUCCCACCUGAACCUGAACCACAACUGCCUGAUGACACUCCACAUCCAGGAGCACGAGCCCCCCGGCGCGCUCGCCGAGCUGGACCUGAGCCACAACCAGCUGUCAGAGCUGCGCCUGGCUCCGGGGCUCACGGGCUGCCUGAGGAGCCUCCGCUCCUUCAACCUGAGCUCCAACCAGCUCCGGGGUGUCCCCAAUGGCCUUUUUGCCGACGCCGGGAACAUCACUACAAUUGACAUGAGCCACAAUCAGAUCUCACUCUGUCCCCAGCCAGCCUCCAUAGACCUGGUGGGCGCCCCUGGCUGUGUAGAUUUCAGGAAUAUGGCAUCUUUGAGGAGCCUCUCUCUGGAGGGCUGUGGACUGGGGACAUUAGGAGAUUGCCCAUUCCAGGGGACCGCCCUCACUCACCUAGACCUGUCCGGCAACUGGGGGGUUCUGAAUGGGAGCCUCGCUCCUCUCCGGGACGUCGCCCCCCUGUUACAGGUCCUGUCCCUCAGGGACGUGGGCCUUGGUUCCGGCACCGUGGAGCUGGAUUUCUCUGGGUUUGGCAAUCUGAGAGACCUGGAUUUGUCGGGAAAUUCCUUGACCAGCUUCCCCAGGGUCAGGGGCAGCGCGGCCCUGCAGAGGCUGGAUCUGCGCAGGAACUCACUCACAGCGCUCCCCCAGCACGCUGCGUCCGAGCAGCUCUUGCGAAGGCUGCAGACCAUCUACCUCAGUCAGAACCCGUAUGACUGCUGUGGGGUGGAGGGCUGGGGGACGCUGCAGCGCCUGCACACUGUCGCCGACCUGGCCAUGGUCACUUGCAACCUGUCCUCCAAGGUCGUUCGUGUGGUGGAGCUACCCGGAGGCGUGUCUGAGCACUGUAAGUGGGAGCAGGUGGACACAGGCCUGCUCUACCUCGUGCUCAUCCUCCCCAGCUGCCUCACCCUGCUGGUGGCCUGCACCCUCAUCUUCCUCACCUUCAAGAAGCCUCUGCUGCAGGUCAUCAAGAGUCGCUGCCACCUGUCCUCCAUAUAUUGAGCUGAAGGCGCCCAGGACAGAGGUCUGCUCUGUGGGUAUCAGGACAGCUUCUCUGCUGGAGUUGGAGACCGGAUGCAGAAGCCAAGUCUGAUGAAUGGAGGUUUAAGAUAAAUUUUAAAAUGUUUCCAUUUCAAAGGUCUUCCCCCACCCUUAUGAUUCAUCCUCAUCACCCUGGUGAAAUAUUUAUUAAGUGACAUUUUACAAAAAUAAAAGACAUCGUGUCACAUAAAUAUUUUUUAAA